AUGGAUGUACUGCUCACACGUAUCACUCAGCAAGCCGUGCAAUAUGCCAUCCGAUCAGGCGUGUCAAUCUCCGCAGGCUUUGCCAUUCAACAAUGUCAUCGAUUGCUGAAGGCCACUCCGAAAGGCAAGGAACGUGAACAACUCGUGCAUUUGCAGAUUCAACUGGAGAGCAAGAUACGAGUCAUUUCACCCUCGAUAGAUAUGAUUGAAUUGAUCGUUGCACGAGGCAAUACGUCUCUGGAAUCUGUGGUAUCCCUCACCAGAGACAUUCGCCUGCAUAUCCAGCGACUAGGUACACGUCUGUCUCACAUGGCGUACACUGAUGCAAAUGAAGGCGGCAAGCAUACGACGACCUACGGUAGCAGGGUGGUAGAAUCCAGCGUUGAUCAACUUCGUUCCAUUGUGUUGGAAAUGGAAACGCUCUUACAUCGCAUUGAGGAUGUAGUGCCACUAAUCAAUCUAGCCAUCACGACCUCGGGCGUCAGCAUGUCGACCAAACUUACAGAGAAGAUCAGCCCGAGUCGCUUGCUUCAAGCAUCUGCUUUUGUGACGGCAGCAGAUCGAGCCUACAUUUCAGAUGCGUUCGAUCGUGUCCAAGUCGGCCCCACGUAUAUACUUUCCCUUUACAUGCUUUUCAGCGCACACCCUUCCCGACCAAAGGACAGUAAGGAUGGACGACGCUCGACAUGGAAAGAGGUCAUGCACAAGGCUCAUGUGAAGAUAUGGCGUGUGCCACUGAGCAAGGUUUAUGCAUUGCCCGGCCACGAUGCAGGCACUACUAUCGACAUCACAGAUCACUCAAUUCCAGCAGAAGCAAAGACGGCCGAAUAUGCGUACCAGUUGUCGAUUGUGGAAGAUCUCGAUGACGAUCGAGUACACACCCUGGAUGACUACGAUGCCCGACCAGGCGCUUUCGACGACAUAACCAACGCCGGGUAUCGUGACGUUAUACCCGUCCACGAGAUCUCGAAGAUAUUUUUCGCGGACACUGGCAAGCUUCUCAACAUACGUAUGGACGAAGAGAACAACAAUCCUGUCAUUCUUCUGAAGCGCGAUGUUCAUGCUGAGCUUCCUCGUCGCUUGCUGGACCGUUCACGUUCACUGGACAGUCUUUUCAGGGACUGUGAGCUCGAGGAUCUGGUCUCCGAUGCGAAGCCAAACUCAGGCGGCCAAAUACCGACAACGCAUCGCGACUCUCGCACCCACAGUGGAAGCGACUGGCGACUUCCUGCCGACCUUGAUCCAGAAUGGAUGGCGUUUGAAGUAUAUGCCGAGGAUUCUUCCGACAGUUCGUCCGAGACAUCUAAAAUAGAGCAGACCCGCAGCCAAACCGGUGACCUAGAUAAUGAUGGGUCCAAUCGCGUUAUGCCUAUACCUCUACACGCGAUCUCCCACUAUCCUCCGAUAAAGACGACGCUUUCGCUACUCGAGGUUCUCCUCAAGCUUUUGGCAUUACAGCAAUUCAGACAAGAAUCGCACCUUGCAAUUGAAGAUGAACUAUUGAACUUCUUCCUUGAAACGAGCUCAACAGCUGAAUCUGGUUUGAGCCAAGAGCAUGUUCAGAAGCUCAGAAGCGAUGCUGUGCACCAUGUCGGCUUCGAUCCUUAUGAUCAGUCCCCGACGCGACCCAAUCAUAAGGAAUUUUUCAGCGUCGCGUUGAGAGAAGAUUCGCCCGUCGGCAUAAGCUCAACACAUGCUUCACGAGCAUCCCCGGAAAGCGCUCCGGGCAUGUCUGUGGGCACGCUGUCUGACCUGGGCGGUAUACGCAUGAACCCCGAAAGCUGCCACACGGAAGCCACGUCAAGGACCUGCAGCGAUAUUCUUCCUUCCUUAGAUGGAACGAGGGGCGUUGGGGCCGAAGGCAGUACUCCUUAUCAUCGCGCUCGACUCGAAUUCGCGAAGUCGCGUUGA